AUGGUCGAAGGUGAGGACAGCAGUCGAUCCCCGAUCUCCGAUGCUGCCGUGCAAUCCAUCAUCGAGCAAAUAGGUCUCUUGACUUCUGAGCAAAGAGACAGAGUCCGCAAAGCGGUUUUGUUUGGCAGCGGGCCGAAUCUCCUAAAGGAUGUUGACCGGUCCGAAUUCUUCAUGAAUCGUCCCACAUCUCCGCCUCGAGUGCGCGAAUCCUCUCCCAAGGCGUCGCCGCACCAGCCACCGCACUGUGGCGACAGUCCGCAGCCCGGCGGUUACCACUACCUCAGGAGUCCUGACUCCAGUCCUGGAGGAUAUAUGAGCCGCCGUCUGAGGCGAACCAUCAGUGGCACGAAUCAUCCCAUCGAUGAUCUCUUACGAGAACGAGGGCAUGUCGAGCGCUACUUGGUGGUCGUGUCUUCGUUGUCGCUGGAUUGGAAGGAGCUUGCUAAAAUCCCUGGUGUGAGCAACUACGAACUUCGUCUUCUGUGGCAUCUCUUCUUCUUGCGGUCGAACACCAUGCACCUAGUCAUGUGUACUUCUCAGUACAUUCCGGAUAUCCUGAUCAACUACUACCUGCGCUACUUGCCUGGCGGUGUUACUAUAGAGGAUGCGAGGCGUCGCUUGACGACCAUCGCCUGCAAUGACAUGACCUCCUCAAGCGUCACCACGAAGCUGAUCUUUCGAGAGCAUGCCAUGCAGCGCAUACGCGAUGCCAUUGAGCCGGAGAAAGCUGCCAUGACCUGCUUCAACUCCACGGAUACGGAAAAGGUCUUGGCGGAAUACAUUGGCAUCCCGCUCUUUGGCACCGACACCAAGGGGGCUUUUUGGGGGACGAAGACAGGAAAUCGUCAGGUCUUCCGAGACGCGGGCGUGCAGCAUCCAGAUGGGAGUUAUGAACUCAUCUACACCCAGGAGGACUUGUGCGAGGAGAUCCUGGCUUUGUUAAAACGCAACCCCGGAACCAAGAAGGUCAUGGUGAAGCUAAAUGACUCGUUCAGUGGCGAGGGCAAUGCUGUCCUUCGUGUCGAUUUCGACCUCUACCACGCACUCAAGGAGUCUGAUGAGAAAGCUCGCAGCAUUAUUUGCCAAAGGCUUGAAAAGCACUUGGAGUACGUGGCACCAGGAUUGACUUGGGACAGGUACUACACGCAGUUUCAAGAGCUUGGCGGCAUUUGCGAGCUUUUCAUCGAAGGUGACCACGAAGCCAAGACAUCGCCUUCAUGCCAGGCAUUCCUGAAUGCCGACGGCAGCGUCAGGAUUUUGGCAACCCAUGAGCAGAUGCUGAACGGCCAAAUCUACCAAGGAUGCAAGUUCCCGGCCAAUGAGAAGUACUCUGCAGACCUCAUUGCGCUGACGCACAAGAUUGGCCAGGAGCUAGUUCGUCGGGACGUCAUCGGAUACAUCGCUGUCGACUUCGUGUCUGUCCUUCAAAAGGAUGGCAGCUACCAGCACUGGGCGAUCGAGGUAAACGUGCGCAUGGGCGGCACCACGCUGCCAAUCAUGACGAUGAAUUUUUUGUGCCUCGAGGGUAGGCUGAAUGAGAAAACCUCUGAAUUCCUUGCGACAGAUGGCAAGCCGAGGUACUAUGUGGCUUCCGACACUGUUAGAAAGAAGAAAUACAAAGGCUUGGUGAUUGAGGACUUGCUCAACAUAAUCGAGCGGUACUCUGCAGAGAUUGAGUGGAACAAAAGACCAGGUGCACCGGAGACAGGCACGAUAUUCCAUUUGGUGACGUGCCUCUCCGAGCUUGGGAAGUGUGGCUGUGUCUGCAUCGGGCGCUCGAGAGAGGAAGCACAGAAAAUCUUUGAGCGCGUUCAGGAGACCCAAGACCGCUUGAGCAUUGGCUGCGAGUGGCUGUAG